UCAAUACCUCUUCGCAGCAAUAGGUGGCAGCAUACUCUUGCUGACUUUUUCUGCAAGGCAAGAAUGACAAUUGAAAUUUCCCCAUGCUGAGUGUGUAGGGGAAUGAGAGUAGCCACAGUAACUGCAGCCGCAGAACAGAUGGGACAGGAGAUGAGCUCUGAGCCUUUCACUCGCUCCGAGGUGUUUGGACAGCUCAGGAGGGAGCUCUAUGGAGAGGAGCAGUCCUCUCAUUCCAACACACACACAUUCAUCAUCCUGGGAGCCUCUGGGGAUCUGGCUAAAAAGAAGAUCUAUCCAACUUUAUGGUGGUUAUUCAGAGAUGGCCUGCUCCCAGAUGACACCCACUUUGUGGGUUUUGCCCGGUCUACGCUGACUGUGGAGGACAUCAAGACAGCAUGUCUGCCUUAUAUGAAGGUCACUGAUGAAGAGAGUGAGAGUCUCUCAGCCUUCUUCAGUAGGAACUCCUACCUGAGCGGCAGGUAUGACGAUGACGGCUCUUUCGCCCAACUCGACUCUCAUCUGUUGUCUCUUCCUGGGGGAUCCAACGCCAACAGACUGUUCUACUUGGCUCUGCCCCCCACCGUCUACAAACAUGUCAGCACAAAUAUAAGAACCCACUGCAUGAGCUCCAGAGGCUGGAGCAGGGUGAUUGUGGAGAAGCCCUUUGGACGAGACCUCCAGAGCUCUCAGGAGCUGUCAGCCCACCUCUCCUCCCUGUUCUCAGAGGACCAGAUCUACCGCAUAGACCACUACCUGGGCAAAGAGAUGGUCCAGAACCUCAUGGUGCUCAGGUUUGGAAAUCGCAUCUUUGGACCCAUAUGGAACAGGAACAGUGUGGCCUGUGUGGUCCUCACCUUCAAGGAGCCUUUUGGCACUCAGGGCCGCGGAGGAUACUUUGAUGACUUUGGUAUCAUUAGAGAUGUCAUGCAGAACCAUCUCCUGCAGAUUCUCUGUCUGGUCGCCAUGGAGAAACCUGCUUCCACCAGCCCAGACGACGUGAGGGAUGAGAAGGUGAAGGUGUUGAAGUGUAUAGCUCCUGUUACUGGAUCAGAUGUGGUGCUCGGCCAGUAUGUGGGCGACCCUGAGGGGGAGGGUCAGUCCAAACUGGGUUACCUUGACGAUCCCACUGUACCAGCAGGGUCCUGCACACCAACUUUUGCCACAGCGGUGCUUUAUGUCCAGAAUGAAAGAUGGGAUGGCGUUCCUUUCAUCCUGCGCUGCGGUAAAGCUCUGAACGAAAGGAAGGCAGAGGUGCGUCUGCAGUUCACUGACGUGCCGGGAGACAUCUUUGCCGAGCACUGUCAGAGGAACGAGCUGGUGGUGCGGGUGCAGCCGGACGAAGCCAUUUACCUGAAGAUGAUGACCAAGAGGCCGGGGGUCUACUUCAGCCCCGAGGAGACGGAGCUGGACCUCACCUACAGGAGCAGAUACAAGCUCACCCAGUCUGUGAUGGGAGAUCCAGAUCCUGGAGGCCUUAAGGCAGCACACAUAGCACAAUAAGUGUGCUCAUCAAAGACUGAAACAAGAUAACAAUACAUGUAUGUCAGCUUCUAUAUACACAUACAUAUACAUACAUACAUAUAUAUAUAUACAUACAGACACCCAUAUAUAUAUAUACACAUAUUCAUAUUUAUUUACCUGAUGCCUCAAGGAUUUCGAGAGCCAGUUCUCUCCUCUCCCGUUUCAUGUAUUUCUUCGAACACUCGAAAUUCACAUUCGGGAUCAGAGGGAAGGACUCCAUGACUGCCUUUGCCAUCUAAACAAACAACACUUAUGUUAUGGAGGGUUUUUCUUCUUUAUUGUAUAGUAAUACAGAUACAGACAAAAACAUGAGACACAUUAUAGAAGACAUCCACCCUUGACUAGAAUGCCUCCCAAAACCUUUGAGUAUUGAUAUAGACCGGUCCUAUUAUUGGAAUUUUGAGAUAUUUGGAAGCAAAGUUUUGUCAAUUAAACUUUCUGUGUUCAAGUGAAUACUACAUUAGUAUUAAAUAACUGUUAAUUUAAGUUCAGCAAUGUUGUGUCAUAAUCCAAUUGUUGUCAGUUGUGAAAAAUACAAUAAACAACAACAUGAUAUCGGCAAUAUACUGUAUAUUGUCCAUUGGCCAACCUGCCUGCUAAAUAUUAUGGGGAUCAGCAUCGGCCUUUAAAAAACCUUUAUCGGUCAACAACUACUUUUGACAGUUUUUUUAAUCCGCCCUUGCAUUAAACUGUCUUUCACAUUAAAAA